ACAUGACCCGAUGGUCAUCAGAGAGGUUGACACGACCGAGCCAAUUCGCCAAUGGCAUGCGCGACUGCAUUUUUCAUUGAGUGUAUGAUUUCCAAGAUUUUUAUCGGUUUGAGUUCGCAAUGACAUCCAAGAUUCCCAUCACCGCCAGCGAGCUGCGAAAACGCUCCUCGCCAGAGAACUGCUGGCUUGCCGUCGACGGGGCAGUUUGGGAUCUGACCGAGUUUGCUCCUGAACAUCCCGGAGGAGCAGAUAUCAUCUAUAAGUACGCAGGCCGAGAUGCCACGGCGAUAUACAACAGCAUCCACGCCCCUUCCCUGAUCCAAACCGAGUUGGGUGCCUCCAAGAGGAUAGGCGACUUUGACUCCAGCAACGUCCUCCCGGAUUCCGAUAUCUCAGAGGACCCGGAACCAGCUGUAUCUCCUCUGCCCGCGAAAACUGCAGCGGGCAGGCGGCCGCUCCAAACGCUCAUCAGCAGCCAUGACUUUGAGCAAGCCGCGUCCGAGAAUCUCUCGGAGAAGGCCUGGGCCUUCUUCUCUUCUGCGGCGACCGACUGCAUCACCGAGAAGGCAAACGCAGCCUACUUCGGGCGCAUGUGGCUGCGCCCGCGGAUCCUGCGGAACGUCAGAGAGGUCAGCACGAGGACGAAGAUGCUUGGAAACGACGUCAGCCUCCCAUUGUUUGUCAGCCCGACUGCCAUGGCAAAAUUGGCCCAUCCGGACGGAGAGCUGGCCAUUGCCAAGGGGUGUUCUAAGUAUAACAUUGCUCAAACGAUCUCGACCAAUGCCUCCUUUCCGAUGACCGACAUUGCAUCAUCCACGGACAUCCCCCUGUUCUUCCAGCUCUACGUGAACAAGGAUCGGGCUGCGUCCGAGAAGCUCCUGAAGCAAGCCGAGCAGUGCGGCAUGCGGGGCAUAUUCGUCACCGUCGACCAGCCGACGCCAGGGAAGCGCGAGGCCGACGAGCGCAUCAAGGCCGACGCGGCAGCACUGAGGCCGACGCCAAACGGCGCCGUGGCGAGGAAUGACACCAAGGGGAGCGGCCUGGGACGCACAAUGAGUGGAUAUAUCGACUCUACGACGAGUUGGCAGGACAUCAAGUGGCUUCGGAGCGUCACGAGGCUGCCCAUCGUGCUGAAGGGCGUGCAGACUGCGGCGGAUGCGAUUCUGGCUGUCGAGCACGGCAUCGAUGGCUUGCUGAUAGGUAAUCACGGCGGCAGGAGUUUGGAUACGUCAACACCGGCGAUCCUGGUGCUGCUGGAGCUGCAGUUGAGGUGCCCGGACAUAUUCAGACACAUCGAGGUCUACCUUGACGGUGGCAUUCGGCGCGGCACCGACAUAUUCAAGGCGCUGUGUCUUGGGGCCAAGGCUGUCGGCAUGGGCCGGUCGUUCUUAUAUGCUGCCAACUACGGGUCGGAAGGCGUCGAACAGUUGAUCGAGAUAAUGAAAGACGAAUUUGAGACGACAAUGCGAAUGAUGGGUUGCACCGACCUGUCUCAACUUCAUCCAGGUCUCUUGAACACUUGCGAGGUCGAUAACAUGAUCCCAAGAACUCUUGACAGAGGGUUAGGUCCUAUGGUACCGAAGUCGAGGCUCUGAGUGCUUUCUAUGGGCAGUAAUGAUGGAUAGCUAAAGACCAUACUAGAAUAUAUCCUUAAAUUAUUGCUAUUUACAGUGAAGAAGCUGUGCACAACUAGAAUCAUGUAUUUAUCGAACAGAAAGUCAUAUCAUCUUCAAGGCUUG